AUGGCCUACCUGCUCCUCUACGUUGACGACAUCAUCCUCACCGCCUCCAGCGCCGGGCUUCUCCAACACAUCACCGACCAGCUCCACCGUGAGUUCUCCAUGACCGAUCUCGGGGACUUAUCCUACUUCCUCGGGAUCUCGGUUUCCCGCUCUACUUCGGGGAUGCUUCUCUCGCAGCGCCAGUACGCCAUCGACCUUCUUCAGCGCGCCGGUAUGAUGGACUGCAACCCGUGUGUGACGCCCAUCGACACACGUUGCAAGCUCUCUGCCGAUGAGGGACCACUCGUCUCCGAUGCUACUGAGUACCGGAGCUUUGCCGGGGCACUUCAGUACCUGACGCUUACCCGUCCCGACAUUGCUCAUGCCGUCCAGCAGGCGUGCCUCUACAUGCACGCCCCUCGGGAGCCCCAUCUCAACCUCGUCAAGCGGAUCCUCCGCUACGUUCGUGGCACCCUCGACCUCGGUCUUCAGCUCCACUCCACGCCGGCCACCUCGCUCACUGCCUACUCCGAUGCGGAUUGGGCCGGCUGCCCCGACACACGCCGCUCAACAUCUAGGUACUGUGUCUAUCUCGGCGACAACCUGGUGUCUUGGUCCUCCAAACGCCAGGCCACAGUGUCUCGCUCCAGUGCCGAGGCGGAGUGCCGAGCGGUGGCGCAUGCCGUGGCCGAGUGCUGUUGGCUUCGCCAGCUUCUUCUUGAGCUUCAUCGUCCCCUUCCGUCAGCGACCGUUGUCUUCUGUGAUAACGUCAGUGCUGUUUACAUGGCUUGUAACCCGGUCCAGCAUCGCCGCACGAAGCACAUCAAGAUCGACAUCCACUUCGUUCAUGAGAAGGUGUCUCUCGGUCAGAUUCGGGUUCUUCAUAUAUGCCGUCUUCACAGCAGUUUGCCGAUAUCAUGA